AGGUCAAAACAAAACCACUGAGUGAAAUUUUUUUUACACAAGUAGAAAUUUUUAUUUACCCUUAUCAUCCGCUAGAAAUGAUUUGACCGUACCAAAGGUAGAAAUUAGCUUCACGACUACACUUGUUUUUCCUUCAGUACUUCUAUCCUCGAACACAUUCGCAUUCCACCCUCUUCCAAGAUGGCCGAAGAAGCGCCACGUGACGAGCUCGACGAAUUCUUCGACGAAGCGAUUCCCCAACCCCCCACGUAUGAAUUGCAAAAGUCUAUCGUAUAUAGUAGUAAUUGCAAUACAAAUUCGCUCAGCAUGACAAAUGGAGUUUGUCAUGCUGGUUUGCUUUGGCAACGAGAUUUGUAAUGCAUAAAUGCAAUUACUACGAGUGCGAUAUUUUUGCUGAGCAUACUUCGACCUCCGACGCUGCAAAUAUCGAGGAGGACAUUUUCGGCGACAUUGACGGCUUGGCCCAGCAGGCAGCGCCCGUGUUUGAUGACAAUGACGAAUUUGGGCAGAGAGUUAAGGAGUACCAGGCGAUGGGACACCAGGGGGAGUACCUCGAGGGGGAAGAAGAGCAGGAGGCGGAAAAGCCAAAAAACGCGUUUGAAGAGGCGUUGGAUAGGAUAGCGAAGUCGAAAAAGGUGGCCAGAGCCGGGAUGAAAAUUAAGGACAAAGAUAGCAGAAAACAGGCGAGCAUGCUGGUAUAGAAGUUGUUUUGUGAUAAUGUGGUUGUCGACAUUUUUUUCAGUUUUUGCAUGACAGAUUUCUCCUUCUGGCGCAUGAAGACGAAAGCAACGCUCUUUGUGUUGCAAUUUGAGUUUUAUCGUUCCAUAUCUAUUACAAUUUCCGUCUCAGGUCCAAUACAUGGAGACUUAUCACGAAAACGACAUCCGUAUUGAAAAGAAAAAUCCCCCGCCCCCAUAUCGAAACGAAGCUUCUGAUGCUGGAUUUCCGUACACAAAUCAGAUUUGUCUUGCAGUAGAGGACUGCAGGCAUAUGCCAAGCCUCAGUCGAGAGGUUUUGACGUAGGCGCCUAGCAUGACAAACGUGCAUGCUCUAAGCCCAACAGCAUCACAAACGGCCUGCAAAAUGCGGGGCGCUCUCUGGACUUGCCUUCUUGCAAGACAGACAGGAUUUGAGGUCACAAAUGCACAUCACAAUUUUUCAGACGGAUACGUUUUCAAUAUGGGGAGGGGGGAUUUUUCCUUACGAUAAUCCGCGAAAUCGCGAACGGCAGACCGGCACUGCACAAGGCCAGAGCAAUGGACAAUGUGAAAAAAUUAAUCAACCGGCAGGGCUUUAAGAGUUACUUCGUCACUGAGAGAGGUAUACGAUUUUUGAUAUACGAAGAUGCUGUUCGCAUGACAUAUCAAUUUGCACAUGCGAGGAGAAUCCGCAUGACAAGUUCUUUCGGGUUCGUUGUUGCAAAGAGUCAUUACAACAUCUUCUCAAAUAUCAAAACCACAGGCGUCGAAGUGCUCAAUGACUGGAUAAAUCCGGUCCGCGGCGAGGGUUACAAAGAUGACGACCGGGCAGAGCCGCCAAUGAGCGUCAUAGAAGGGGUAUCCAUUGCAAAUAUGUCUGGGUCCUCUGGAAGAUGAAUGCGGGACCUGUCAUGCUAGUCUGGCAUGACCCUGAGCUUUGUAUUGCGUAGCGAGCAACAGCUCCUCUGGUCUGUCAUGCAAGAACGCUGUCUUUCAUGCGGAAUACGCAACACAACGCCACCGAGGAAAAAUCUGUCGUGCUUGGCGCUGCAUUCCAGAGUGCGUACUAUUCACUGACCUGCAUCAGAACUUUCCAAACCCAGACAUUUUUGCAGUGGAUAAGGGGUCUUGUACUGUUUGGAACAGUUGGGAACGCAUGUGGAGAAGGAAGAUAUUGUGGAUAGCGGAAUAGGUAUUAGAUGAAGUUUUGCUUAUUUGUGAUGCAUGGUAGCUUGAGAUUGUUCUCAAAGUCAAAACUAGACUAUUGAAACUCAACUUCUAUGACACGCGUCAGCUCCUGCGUAAAACGAAAUAAACUUGAACUACACUAUGACAGGCGUGACCAUGCGCCGCAUCGCGAAAGACCGGAAUAUCAACUGCAAAUAUGUCUGGGUCUAGAAGAGUGCCGGGUUUGUCAUGCACACCUAGCAUGGCUUUCAAGUCUGUCAUGCGCGCCACACAAAAGCCACAUUUCUCUGUCAUGCAGAAACGCAGUUUGUCAUGCAGAUAGGCAACACUCUAGCAACUCCAAAACUUGUCAUGCUUGGCUGUCAAUGAAGGCGUCCACAUGAUUUGCCAAACAGCAUCACAAUUUUCCAGACCCAGACAUUUUUGCACUGCAUACGCAAGUACCCGAAUCAAGUGCGGUCGAAGGCACAAGCGCUGAUGAUGUCCUGGUAUGCAUUGCAAAUUUGUCUGGGUCUCCUGGAAGAGCUCCAACUUGUCAUGCCAGAACUGGAUGAUGCAAAAAUCUGUGUUGCAUGAUUACAACCAAAAGUUGCCCUCUUUUGACCAAGUUGAUCGGGAAUGAAUCUCUCUUGCAGGAUAUGCAUGAUCAUAGAGAUCUUGCAGAAUCUGUCAUGCCAGAUCCUGCAUUGCUGACCGUAUGGGUCAUGGAAAACCUGCAUGAGAAGGCUUGCAGUCCUCCAGAAGACCCAGACACAUUUGCAUUUGAUACCUGGGUCCAGUACGUCACCGGCGCCCCGGGGAAGCGCGCCCGGGAUGAUGAGGACAAUAACGCUCUGCAGGACGAUAUGCAAGAAAAAACCGUGUAAGUGUAAAUUUGUGAUGCAGAAAAUGCCAAACAGUUGCACUUGUCAUGCUCGACAUGCAUGAUCGGCUCGGUUCCUAUGUGUUCCCCUUCCUAUCUGCGCAUAACAAGUUUUUCCUGUCAUGGCAGACAAACUUGUGAUGCUGUUUUCCCAAAAGACUUACACUAACACGGUUUUUUUCUUGGAUAGACGAAGCGCUGGAGGUAGACGCCAACGGCAGAAGAGUCGCAAAAACCGCCCAGAUAAUGGACGGCGCAGCGGUGAAUCCGGAGUUACACAACGGUACUUUGCCGUCGAGCGCACAGCAACUCGCCCUAGUCCAAUCCGGGAACGUGGACGAAUUUGCGGGGAAAAGGCAAAAAACCGAGCGCGAGUUGAACGCAAUAUGGGCACCGUCGAAGGAAGAUGAGCUCGUGCACGCAGAGCGGGCGAAAAUGAGACACGCGGUCAUGCCCAUGGAGAAACCAGUAUUUAGAUUGUUUUGGAUCUUCUACUUCAUGUGUAGUUUUUUGUCAUGCCGAAAUAGGUUAUUUAGGGGUGUAAGUAGUUUCUCAUGGGGUUUUUUCCAUACAGGAGUAAGUAUGAGGGUCAGUGAAACUAUCUAGAAAUCCGCUUGAUGCAGUGAGUUUGUCAUGCGCAUUUGCGAAUAAAUUGAAACCCAACUAUCUAUCAGGUGUUUUCCCUCCAAGACCUCCCGGUUUCCAACGCACCCGCAAAACGCAAAAUGCGGGAAGACCCCAGCAUAUGGAUUGUAGAAAUGUCUGGGUCUGGAAAAUUGCCAGACUUGUCAUGCAGGUUUUCCAUAACCCAUGAGGUCUGGUAUGUAGGACAUAGCAUGACAGAUUCUGCAAAACCUUUUUAAUGUCUAUCCUGCAUGAGAACCUGCCUCUUGAUUACUUAGGUCAAAACUGCACAACUUUUGGCAAUCAUGCAACACAGUUUUUUGCCUGAUUCAGAUUUAGCAUGACAUUCCAGACCCAGACAUUUUUACAUUUGAUACAGCAGCGUCACGGGAAAAAUCUCGCAGCAGUUACACAAAAUCUCCAACCCCAACAAGAAACCGUGGAAGAGUACGGUGGGGCAACCAAGUAUCAGUGGAUCCGGGAUUGUUUACAAGUGGUAAAAAUGGAGCAAAUCUUCAGUGCCGGAGGUGGAACCACUGGAAGAGAAGAAUUGGAAACUCUACCCGUACUUACACUCGAAUUCGUGUCAACAGUUUAUCAAUCGCAAAAGUUUAACAGCAGCUAGAACUUCUACAGGCGUCGACGUUCUUUGCGAGCAUGUCCGCAACGGGUUUCUCCUGUUAGUCGGUUUGCUGCGAGGGCGUGAGGCAUGAUUACGGCCGGUAGAAAGUAUCAAUCGCAAAAGUUUAUCAAAAGUUUAACAACCUACAACAAUUGCUUCCGACAGGACGAGAGGCGCUGUGCUACGGAAGUAGAAGGGCUCUGAAUCGCAAAAGUUUAUCAACGGAAAAAGCACUUUGUUUUACAUCAAAGAAGAACGAUGGAGAAUUUUUCAAUGAAAAAGUUCUUGCACAGGAUCAGGCUGCUCGAAGGCGCUGCCAGAAGGGCUUCGGAUCGGACCGCGAAGUUCUUGAGAUGAACUCGACAUGAUUAUCAAGCGACACAUUGUACAUAAGUUUGACGCGACACUGUAAUGAAUAUUCCGCAUUACAAACCUUGAAUAAUUCGACAAUUGAACAACGACUUGACCACUUUGAGCUGGGAAAU